GUUUGACAGUUUAUACACUUUGUAAUAGAUGGCGAUGGAAGCACAACCUAGGAGAUAACAGCAUUUCGAUCAGCCGUUCAUUGUUCAGUCUCAACUGUACGUAGAUACGAAAGCACUUGUCAGUGAUGAUUUCUUAGUCUCGUUCAAAAUUAAAAUUUUACUGAGAGUAUAUAAUUCAUAGAAAACAUGAUCGAUGAGGUCUCGUACACCAUGGAGUGUGGUACUUCAUCGGAGCUAAAAGAGUUACUGAACAAAAAUAUUGACGUGAACGUACAGGAUGAAUAUGGGCAAACUAUUCUUCACAAAACGGCAAAUCAAUAUCAACCUCAGUCCGAGGCGGUAAAACAUCUCUUAAUAACCGGUGCCGAUAUUCUGAAAAUCGACAAAUACGGUUACACUGCUCUGCAUCUCGCAUUGAAAAACAGAUCCAAAGACCACGCUUUCGUGCGCGUAAUACUGGAGAACAUCAAGCGAGACGAAAUCAAAAAGUUACUUAAUAUGAAGACUGAAUUUCUGACGGUUAGUGGCAAUACUGGCAAUACUGCUCUGCACAUUGCCACUGUGUACAACUUUUAUGUAGACAUCACCACUCUAUUGGAGUACGGCGCCGAUUACGAGAUUCAAAACUAUGCUGGUGAGAAACCCAUCCACGUUGCGAACAGCGAAGGUAUUCGACAAUUAUUCCAGAUGAUCGACAAUAUUUUUAUAAAGGCGAAAAAUGGCGAUGAGCAACUUACCCAAGAUCUCGCAAAAUUGAAUACCGUCGAAUUCUUAUCGGUAAUGAACUGUAGGAAUAACGACGGACAUACGCUCACACAAGUGCUCGUGUUUAACAGUCAUCACGCAAUGAUGCCUGAUUUGCUGGAACAUCGAUUUUCUCACCCGACGAAUACUUUACGUGUAUUGGAUGAUCAGGCUCUCAUGAAGAAAUUUCACACACUAGUCGAGAUGGUUCGGAAUGCUCGGAAUUUUUGGCAUUCAAAUCAGUCCAUAGUAGCUUCCUCGUUUCAUAGAGUAAUAGAUAAAAGUAUGGAAGCAAAGAGGAGACUUAUACAUUACGAAAGCUUUCAAAUUGGUCUUCCGGAACAAUUGUGGAACAGCGCCAAAAUAUCCUGUAAAAUGCUGCAGGUAUCCCACGAAGCGCUGUUGUCGUAUCGGUAUUUGAAUGGCAAAGACAAACCGUUAACCGACUCGGCAAUGAGAAAUGUGGAGGAGGUGUUUGAACUUUUGGGUUACAAUAGAGAUCAGCUUAUCAAUAAAGCUGAAAUAAACGAUUGGUACUACCACAACCUGCCGGAAAAAUAUAAAACUUGUAUCGAGUGUUUAUACAGUCUUAUUUUCCACUGUUUAGAUGCAGCAUUCUACUAUUUUUUACGAACCAUCGAAUCCAUGUUUCUUUGCGAUGCUGUAAGGAACAACAACAUAGAAACAGUUAUGUCGCAGCUGGAUUUCGGCGCCUCCGUUGAAUGUUAUGACACGGAUUAUCGAUCGGCUUUGUACUAUGCCGUUGCAAAUGGCAACAAGAAUAUGAUCCGUUUGAUCAUGGACUCAGGUAAAACGCGGGAUUACAACGGUGAAACCACCGCUCUUUUUUUGGCAAUCAACAUCGGCGAUCCGGAAAUCGUUCAUGAGGUACUCAUGAAGAUCGACUCGAAGAGUAUUGUUCGCUUCAUCGAUCGUCGUGGAGAACACGGAAGAACGUUCUUGCACACAGCAGCUAAGAACGGCAAUUUAGAGAUUGUGAAAAUUUUACUAACUUACGGAGCAACUUACAUGAUUUUCGAUGACAACUGUCAAAUACCACUGGAAGUGUCGACAAAUAAUGAUGUUUGUAUGUUUUUAAGACUCGUUGACCAGUAUUUUCAAGAGGCUAAACAGCUUAACAAUGAAUUUAUUUACGGUCUCGCAUCGAGAACAAAUGACGAGGUUAUGGCUAUUAUUUGUGCUAAGAAUCAGGAAGGCGAUAACCUUGCUGCUGAAGUUGCUAAAAUUGGUGAUAUGAACUUAGCUAACUUUAUAGCAAAAAUGUGGAGGGACGUAACAAAACGUAGUUGGGUAUAGCGAAAAUGUAUCUUUUCUGCCUUUCGUAAUUGACAUAUGUAUGGCAUUGCAUAAAAUUAUAAAUCUUUGUGUAAAAAAGAUAUUUGAAAAAUUAUUGAAGUAUCAACAAUCGAUUGUAUUUAGUUAAUUGUUAAUCGCAAUUUAUUUAAACAUGAAAUUAGACAACAAGCGAAACCUACAUUCAGAUUUUAUAUUAAUAAAUAAGUUUGUUUUUGAAACAAAUUUGGCCGUACAAAAUAUUUUUCUUUUAGCU